AUGAAGAUCAAUACUUUUAUACUUUCCUUAACAUUAUUGAUCGCACAGACGUAUUCGUUCCCUCUUGAUUGGUUUCAAAAGAGAAGUACAGUAUCGUCAUCACAAGUUAAUAGUGCUGCAUUAUCCAAUACUUGGGCUUAUUUUUGGAAUAACGGAGUGAAUGGUUGGAACAAUAAUGAUCAAAUUUGUGAAAAUACCACAUACUCAAUCCCUGUUGUAUGGAAUGUAGCCGUUGCUUCUAAAGUGAUUGCAAAUUCGGGAAAUCCUCAAAAUAUUCAAUCAGUUGUUGAUUUCUUAUUGAAUUACCGAAAUCCUCAAGGAUUCUUUUCUGCAAGUCAAGACAAAGAUGAUGAUGUUUAUUUAGAUGAUAAUUCUCAAGUUCUUUGGGUUUUCAUAUCUGCUUAUCAAGUUCUUGGAAAUGAAGAAUAUUUAUCUAUUGCUCAAACAUUAAUUAAUAACAUUAUGGGUCAAUGGAAUCCAACUAUUGGUGGAGUAAAUCAACAUCUUGAUGGUGAUUAUGUUUCAUCAAUUGCAACUUUGGAAGCUGCAUUAAGUGCCGUGAAAUUUUAUUCAAUUUCUGCUGAUCCUAAUUUGUUAUCCUUUGCCAAUAACGCCAUUAAUUGGAUUUAUGGAAAUUUACAAGAUCCAAGUGACCAAUUAAUUUAUGAUGGUAUCACACCAUCAUCUGGUGUAGUUAAUAAAGGUAAAUUAUCCUAUACAGUUGGUGUUUUGAUUUCCACGUUGGCACAUUUAAAUCAAAUUACUGGUGAGGCUUCAUAUAUUGAUCAAGCAGUUAAUAUUGGUAAUGCAGCUACCAAUCAAAAUGGUGCCCUUUAUAAUAGAGGAUAUUGGAAUAAUGCAUUAGAAUAUGUGGAAUUUUUAUUUGCAGGUUUUGCUGAUUUAUUAACUUUAGGAGCAGCUACCACAGAAACUCAACAAGCAGCAUUUGCAGCUUACAAUCAAGAAAUCUAUAGAGAAGGUAAUUAUUAUUAUAAUUAUUAUCAAGUAGGUACUUCUGGAACCUUUGUUGAUAGUGCUUUUACAUCAAGUAUUGAUCUCUAUAAUAAGUUCAUAGCUGCCUAUCCAGGUUCUGGUGCCUAUUCUCCUGAUGCUUCUAACUUUUGUGAUGGAAUCAUUGGAGGUACUCCUUCUACUUCACUUCUUAUUCAAGCUGCUGGUGCAGAAUUAUUUUAUCAACUUUCUAGGGUAAACUAG